AAGCUGCUAACAGAGCUAGCUUGUUGUUCUGGUGUGUGAGGAGAAUAUUUGAGGCUCUGCAGUAAAAAUGUCUUCACUUCAGUCUCUGGGAGAGUUGAUCAGCUAAAGCGACUAACUGCUGCUGCUGCAGAAAUCUUCUCACCAGGCUGUGGAAACUUUCUUCUCCUCCUCAACAACUUGGUGGAGUUCUUUCCAGAACCAGAGAAGAUAUUCUGCGGUCUUCGUGACAAUCGGAGCUCCAGAAUCAGGUUGUGGCUGUUAGCUAAACACGGCUAAAGAAAACCUGCUACCACUUCAGGAUCAUCCAUCAGCUGGGACUGAUUCAUCGUGUGUUCUUCACCACCUGGACCUGGACAGCAUGGACACAGAUGUUCCACAGCUGGUGCUGGUUAAAGAAGAAGCUCCUGAAGAACAGAGUGCUGGUGUGGACCAGCAGGACCCAGAACACCUCCACAUAAAGGAGGAACAGGAGGAGCUCUGGACCAGUCUGGAGGGAGAGCAUCUCUGUUUGAAGGAGGAGACUGAAGCUGUCGGGUUUCCUGUUACUGCUGUUUCUAUAAAGAGUGAGGAUGAUGAAGAGAAACCUCUGGUCUCACAGCUUCAUCAGCAGCAAAUAGAAGACAGAGAUGUUCCAACCAGCAGCUCAGCUGACCAGAUGGCAGCAGAAACUGGUGGAGGAGCAGGAACUAGCAGGAACCCAGAUCUGAACCCUCAUGAACAAACAUCUGAUUCUUCAGAGACUGAAGUUAGUGGAGAUGAUGAAGAUGAUGAUGAUGAUGAUGGUGUGAAUCUGGACUCUGAGCUGUCAGACUCUGGGUCUGAAACUGGAGAUGAAGAUGAUGACUGGAAUGAGAGCAGGUCUUCUGAGUCAGAUGUUUCAAGGAAGAGAGAGGAGACGGAUGAGAAACCUCUGCUCUUACAUUUCCACAACCAUCAAAUGAAAGACAGAGGUGUCCCAACCAGCAGCUUGGCUGGGCAGAUGACAGCAAAAGUUGGUGGAGGAGCAGAAACUAGCAAGAACCUAGAUCUGGACCCUAAUGAAAAGACAUCCGAUUCUUCAGAGAUUGAAGUUAGUAGAGAAGAUGAAGAUGAUGUGAAUCUAGACUCUGAGCGUUCAGACUCUGGGCCUGAAAUUGGAAACGGAGACCAUGGCUGUAAUGAGAACAAGUCUUCGGAGUCAGAUAUAAAGACAGUCAACAAAUCAUUUAGCUGCCCUGUGUGUGGUAUACGGUUCCUCCACAAGUGGUCUCUUCAGGAUCAUGUGAGAGUGACAAGUCAUUCAGCAGUAAGGUCUUCAGAGUGUUCGGUUAAUACAAAAUGUGUGAAAGAGAAGCAACAUGGAGGCUCAUGUAGAAAAGUCCAGAAACAACCAAAAUCAUUUAGUUGUGAUGACUGUGGGAAAAGAUUUAGACAAAAGUCCAAAUUAACCCGUCAUAUGAAAGGCCACACCGGGGAGAAGCCUUUUGCCUGUGAGCUCUGUGGACAAAGAUUAAGCCGUAAACGUAAUUUAAACACACACAUGAGAGUCCACACAGGAGAGAAGCCUUUUGCCUGUGAGCUCUGUGGAUACAGAUGUACCGAAAAGGCAAGUUUAAACAUCCACAUGAGAGUCCACACAGGAGAGAAGCCUUUUGCCUGUGAGCUCUGUGAUAAAAGAUUUAGCCUUAAAAAUAGUUUAAACAGACACUUGAGAGUCCACACACGAGAGAAGCCUUUUGCCUGUGAGCUGUGUGAGAAAAGAUUUAGCCAUAAAAAUAGUUUAAACACACACAUGAGAGUCCACACAGGAGAGAAGCCUUUUGCCUGUGAGCUCUGUGAAUACAGAUGUUCCCAAAAGUCACAUUUAAACAACCACAUGAGAGUCCACACAGGAGAUAAGCCUUUUGCCUGUGGGCUCUGUGCAUACAGAUGUGCCCAAAAGGCAAGUUUAAACUAUCACAUGAAAGUCCACACAGGAGAGAAGCCUUUUGCCUGUGAGCUUUGUGGAUACAGAUGUACCCUAAAGUCACAUUUAAACGAUCACAUGAGAGUCCACACAGGAGAGAAGCCUUUUGCCUGUGAGCUCUGUGGAUACAGAUGUACCAAAAAGGCAAGUUUAAACACACACAUGAGAGUCCACACAGGAGAGAAGCCUUUGCCUGUGAGCUGUGUGGACAAAGAUUUAGCCGAAAGACAAAUUUAAAGAGACAUACGAGCAUCCACACGAGGCUCGAGGGAUAUAUUUAACAACAGUACUUCCAAAUGUACUAUUUAGUUUUUUUUACAACCUUAAUGUUAGUCUUGUACCUCUGCUCAACUAUCAUUGAUCAAGUCCGUACUCGGCCCUUGAGCCACCUCUUCUUUUGAUUUUCUUUUUCAAAUCUCCUUUGUUUUUUAAACUCAGACCUUAACCAAACAUUUGAGAUGUUCAUUUGUGAAUUCUGAAUACAAAAAAAUAUUACUUAAAGAGAUCCUUUCAUGGAUGUAAGCUCAAAGAGUCAGAGUACCCGGCCCGGAGGGUUACCGGGGUCCCACCCUGGAGCCAGGUCUGGGAUUGGGGCCCGUGAGCGAGCGCCUGGUGGCCGGGCUUUCGCCCAUGGGGCCCGCCCGGGCACAGCCCGAACCGGAUACAUAGGCUCAUCCAACUGUGGACCCACCACCCGCAGGAGGAACAUGAAGGGGCCGGUGCAGUGUGGAUCGGGUGGCAGAACAAGACAGGAGUCUUGGCGGUCCGAUCCCCGGACAAGGAAAUUGGUUUUUGGGACAUGGAACGUCACCUCGCUGGCGGGGAAGGAGCAGGAGCUUGUGCCAGAGGUUGAGCGGUACUGGCUAGAUAUAGUCGGACUCCCCUCGACACAUAGCAUUGGCUCUGGAACCCAAAGAGGGGUUGGACACUCUCCUUUGCUGGAGUUGCUCCAGGUGAGAGGCAGAGGGCUGGGGUUGGCUUUUUGUUAGCCCCAAGACUCUCUGCCUGUGUGUUGGGGUUUACCCCGGAGGACGAGAGGGUAGCUUCCCUGCGCCUUCGGGUCGGGAAUGGGUCCUGACUGUUGUUUGUGCUUAUGGGCCAAAUAUCAGUUCAGAGUACCCACCUUUUCUGGGGUCCCUGGGACGAGUGCUAGAUAGUGUUCCAUCAGGGGACUCCAUUGUCCUGCUGGGGGACUUCAAUGCUCACGUGGGCAAUGACAGCUUGACCUGGAGGGGUGUGAUUGGGAGGAACGGCCUGCCUGAUCUGAACUCGAGUGGUGUUUCCUCAUUGGACUUCUGUGCAAGCCGCAGUUUGGCCAUAACGAACACCAUGUUCGAGCAUAAGGAUGCCCAUCGGUACACUUGGUAACAGGGCAGCCUAGGUCGCAGGUCGAUGAUAGACUUUGUAGUCGUAUCAUCUGACCUGCGGCCGUAUGUUUUGGACACCCGAGUGAAGAGAGGAGCGGAGCUGUCAACUGAUCACCACCUGGUUGUGGUGGUGUGAAAAUUAACUUAAGAUACUUAAAUUAAUAGCAAAAGUUUAUUUAUAAAACAGAAGAUUCAGUAAGAUUCUUUUCAUUCGAUAAACUGGAAAUGCAACCCUUUUCUGUGUUUCGUUUCAAUAAUGAGGCAAGUUUAAAAAUGAAGACAUUUAUUACUAACAAUUUUUAAACUGAAAAUUUGAAGCGACAAUUAUAAAAAUGAUAAUUCAUGGAUGGCAAUUUUAAUGACUUGGUUAAAUGCAAACCUGUGUUGGCUGGAGCUAAAAUUGAGAAUGAUGAGUUUUGAAUGCGUGAAUGAAGUUCUCAGAAGGUUUCUUUCCGAGGGAAUGGAAGGUGUUCUGGAUGAAAUGAUGUUUUGCGGAUAACUGAGUUAUUUUGAGAGAAAACAGAAUCAAACGCAUUCUAUCGUGUUCUACCUCACCCGAAACAGGGCCCCCUUUGCGGAUCCGGACAUCAGGAGGAUGGUUUCAUCCAAGGUGGCACUUCAGCUGGUAGGGUAGACGCACGUGCUGAUGGUCCGGUCCAGAGAUGUCCUGGGUACACGGCUGUACGAAGCGUUUGGCAGAUGCACGUUUCGUCUUUUAACUUAACUUCAGAAAUCAAGGACUCUGGGAGAGUCUUUCGUUUCGCUCGUUAGUUUCGUUUGUCCUUUAGCCAUUCUUGUCGGCAUGACUAGAACAGCAGGUGGAGGUUCAAGGAGACGGCCGUUCUCCUUUCCUCGUGGUGUUUGUUGAAGAACUGGUACUGAAAUCUGUGAGGGUUAGUUUUUACCAAACUCUCUCAGAACACUCCCCCUCCGGAAGAAAGCUUGGUCAUGCGUCAAAAAACAUGUGAUGCAGUUAUUGUUUAUCUGAACUCUGUGUUGGAUAAACCGGGUGAAGGUCUUCUUUGCUGAACACAUCUUUAAUCAUUAUAAUAAUUAUCAUUAUAAUACCCAAAGCAUAAUAAUCCAUUUCAUGUAAUUAAAAUACAAUUAUAUCUGAACCAAGUGAUCAUGUAUUAAUGAUUAUUUAAACAGUAUUAAAAUCAUAAGUUAUUAAUUAUUAUUUAAUUAUUAUAAUCGUGGCUUGAAGUGUCCUUCUUGGGACGGAACAGCAGAUACUGGUGUUAUGAUCUUGAGCGGACAUCUUGGCUCCUUGGGUUUUAAUCUGUGGAUUCAAAGUACUGUUUGACCCAGCUUGACCCAGCUGGGCAAAUGUGACCUUUGGCACAAAUCAGAGAACAUUCAUCUCGCUACAUGGUGGUGAGUUGGAUCAGAUGGAAGGGGAAGAUGCCGCGUAGACCUGGCAGACCCAAACGCAUAGUGAGGGUCUGCUGGGAACGCCUGGCAGAAGAAGCUGUCUAGACGGUCUUCAACUCCCACCUCCGGCAGAGCUUUGACCUCGUCCCGAGAGCAGUGGGGGACAUUGACUCCGAGUGGGCCUUGUUCCACUCUGCGAUUGUUGAGGCGGCUGUGGGUAGCUGUGGUCACAAGGUGGCCGGUGCCAGCCGUGGUGGCAACCCCCAUACCCGCUGGUGGACACCAGAGGUUCGGGGAGCCGUCAAGCUGAAGAAGGAGGCCUACAGGGUGUGGCUGGUCUGUGGGUCUCCGGAGGCAACAGACAAGUACCGGAUAGCCAAGCGGGGUGCAGCAGUGGCAGCUGCCGAGGCAAAAUCUCGGGCGUGGGAGAAGUUUGGUGAGGCCAUGGAGAAAGACUAUCGAUCGGCUCCAAAGAGGUUCUGGCAAACUGUCCGGCCCCUCAGGAGAGGAAGGCAGCAACUCGCUCACACUGUUUACAGUGGGGAUGGGGAGCUGCAGACGUCAACUGGGGCUAUAGUCGGACGGUGGAAGGAAUAAUUUGAGGAGCUCCUCAAUCCCACCUACGCACAUUCCGAGGAGGAACCAGAGCUGGGAGACCUGGGGAUGGACUGUCCAAUCUCGGGGGCAGAAGUUGCUGAGAUAGUCAAACAACUACACAGCGGCGGAGCCCCGGGGUCGGAUGAGAUUCGUCCUGGGUAUCUCAAGGCUAUGGAUGUUGUAGGGCUGUCGUGGUUGACACGUCUCUGCAACAUUGCGUGAUCAUCGGGGGCAGUUCCUGUGGAGUGGCAGACCGGGGUGGUGGUUCCCAUCUUUCAGAAGGUUGACCUGAGGGUGUGUUCCAACUAUGGGGAUCACACUCCUCAGCCUCCCUGGAAAGGUCUGCUCCAAGGUACUGGAGAGGAGGAUCCGAUCGAUAGUUGAAUCUCAGAUUGAGGAGGAGCAAUGUGGUUUUUGUCCUGGCCGUGGAACUGUGGACCAGCUCUAUACCCUUGCAAGGGUGAUGUAGGGGGCAUGGGAGUUUGCCCAACCAAUCCACAUGUGUUUUGUGGAUUUGGAGAAGGCUUAUGACUGUGUCCCCAGGGGCAUCCUGUGGGGGACGCUCCAGGAGUAUGGGGUGGGUGGCUUUCUGUUAAGGGCCAUUCAGUCCCUUUACCAGAGGAGCGUGAGUUUGGUCCGCAUAAGUCGGACCUUUUCCCGGUGAGGGUUGGACUCAGCCAGGGCUGCCCUUUGUCACCGGUUCUGUUCAUUACCUUUAUGGACAGAAUUUCUAGGCGCAGCCGUGGUGUGGAGUGUGUCGAGUUUGGUGGCAGGAGAAUCUCGUCUCUGCUUUUUGCGUAUGAUGUGGUCCUCCUAGCUUCAUCCAGCUCUGACCUUCAACUCUUGCUGGAUAGGUUCGCGGCCGAGUGUGAAGCGGCUGGGAUGAGGAUCAGCACCUCCAAAUCUUAGACCAUGGUGCUCGACCAGAAAAGGGUGGCUUGCCAACUACUGGUCAGGGGAGAAGUCCUACCUCAAGUGGAGGAGUUUAAGUAUCUCGGGGUCUUGUUCACGAGUGAGGGUAGGAGGGAUCGGGAGAUUGACAGGCGGAUUGGUUCAGUGUCUGCAGUGAUGCGAACGCUGAGCCGAUCUGUCGUGGUGAAGAGGGAGCUGAGCCAGAAAGCCAGGCUCUCAAUUUACCGGUCGAUCUACGUGCCAAUCCUCACCUAUGGUCAAGAGCUUUGGGUUGUGACCGAAAGAACGAGAUCGCAGAUACAAGCGGCCAAAAUGAGUUUCCUCCGUAGGGUGCCCGUGCUCAGACUUAGAGAUAGGGUGAGGAGCUCGGACAUUCGGGAGGGACUCGGAGUAGAACCGCUGCUCCUCCGGAUCGAAAGGAGUCACUUGAGGUGUUUUGGGCAUCUGGUCAGGAUGCCUCCUGGACGCCUCCCUGGGGAGGUGUUUCGGGCAUGUCCUGCCGGCAGGAGGCCCCCGGGUUGACCCAGGACACGUUGGAGAGGUUACAUCUCCAAUCUGGUCCAGGAACGCCUUGGGGCCUGCCGGAGGAGCUGGUGGAGAAGGCCGGGGAGCGGACGGUCUGGAGCUCCCUAGUUGGGAUGCUGCCCCAGCGACCCGGACCCGGAUAAGCGGAGGAAGACGACGACGAUUAAGAAAAAAACUUUAUACCCUCCUGUAUUUAAGAAACAGACUAGAUAACAGGCACAUGAUGGUUGUAGUACAUAACCCACUGCAAUUUAAAGCUGUUAGAUACCGGUGGCGUCUGCUUUAAACAGUUUAUCUGUACAUAAAGUAAUAGCAUACAAUGUUGUAAUAACUGCAGCUGAAAAAUAAUGUCUCUUUAUUCAUUUGGUGCCCCUAAGAAGAAAUUCCACCUUAAAGGCUGUGGAGAGACAGCUGGGACUGUUGUCAAGAAGUCAUAAAUUACAAGGCGGCUCUGUGGAGACUCUUCUCCUACAAUAGCAUUUUGCUAUUCUAAGCAGGCUUAGGAAUGUGCCUGUACCAGAGUUUUUAGAGAUGCUGUUGCAGAGUUAUAAGCAGUGGACAGAUGCUGGAAAGACAGAACCACUUUUGGGCUGCAUGGUUCUCCACCGGUGUACCGAUGCUUGUAUUAACAUGGACUAGAUUGUAAUAAACCGGUUAUCUUUUUUAACUCAAA